CCACCUUGCAGGCUGGCGUCAAGGAUAUGCUAAUUAACUCCAGGUGAGUCUCCCGUUGCCUGGUGACAAAGUUUCACAGUUGAGGAGGAAGAACUGGGACUAACAGGAGUCUAUCUUCUAGCCGUUUCGUGUGACGUCUCUCUCAAAGUGACCACCAGCCAGUAAGAACAACAUACCCCAAACAUACGCCUCACUGAAGAACAUGGCCAAAGGGGGGAAAGGCCUCAAGGGCAAGAAGAUCACCCUCAGUGUGGCCAAGAACUGCAUCAAAAUCACAUUCGAUGGGAGAAGACGCCUGGACUUGAGCAAGAUGGGAAUUACCACCUUCCCCAAGUGUAUUCUCAGGCUCAGUGAUAUAGAUGAGCUCGACCUUAGCCGGAACAUGAUCAAGAAGAUACCCGAUUCCAUCUCCAGGUUCCAGAACCUGCGGUGGCUGGACCUGCACAGCAACUACAUCGACAAGCUCCCCGAGUCCAUCGGCCAGAUGACCAGUCUGCUCUACCUCAAUGUUAGCAACAACAGGCUCACCACCAAUGGGCUGCCUAUGGAGCUCAACCAGCUCAAGAACAUCCGCACCGUGAAUUUGGGCUUGAACCAUCUGGACAGUGUGCCCACCACGCUGGGCGCGCUGAAGGAGCUCCACGAGGUGGGGCUCCACGACAACCUGCUCAACACAAUCCCCAAAAGCAUCGCCACGCUCCCCAAACUGAAAAAGCUCAACACCAAGCGAAACCCCUUUCCCAAGGGAGAGGAGCCAGACAUGUUCUUAGAUUCCAUCAAGAGGCUGGAGAACUUAUACCUAGUGGAGGCGAAGGAUCUAUGUACGUCUUGCCUGAAAAAAUGCCAACAGGCCCGCGACAAGCUGAACAAAAUCAAGACCGCGCCCAUUGUGACACCAAGAAAGCCCAUCUUUUCCAGUUUGGUCUCACCCAACUCAAUGGCCAAGGAGUCCCAGGAAGAUUGGAGGUGACCUGGGACCCUGACCCUGAGGCAGAGAGGGCAAAGGGAGGGAAGGAAGGUGGCAAUGGGCUGCAUCCACAGACACCUGAGAGACUAUCCCAUUUCUGCAAUAGCUUUCCCAGCCAAGGCCAUAAAAUUCCUUUCCCUACCUUCUUGGCUUGUGGUUUUAUUGAUUGAAGGGCUUUUAGUUCUUUGCCAUUCCACACAUUUCUCUCUUCUCUGCAUGCACAUACCCACACAUACAGGCACACUGAGUCAGGAAAGGCCACACAUCUCACUUUUGUUCCAGAACUCUCCUGCCUACAGUCCGUGGCCUGGGCACUAACAUUGUCAGUGCACUCCUGGUCUCAUUAUCAAGCAUUUCAGGAUGAACUGUCAGCUCCCAAAUGUGGAGCUUGUUCUGUGGUCAGAGCUUCAAAGAUCAGGAAUCUCAGAGCAAGGGUUGCUAGGAGGGCAAAAGGACAUUUAGUCUUGGAAACGGGACAAAACUGGGCCACAGAGAUAGUCAGAUAUUAUCAUUAAGUAUUGGCGGUAACAUCUUGGGUUC